AUGGAGAUGGAUCCACCACCCAAAAUGCUUGCCUCUCUCACAAUAACCAUACUGAUGAUGAUGAUGGCCACCUCCGUCGCACUUGCGUCGUCGGAUGCAGCGGUGCUCGAAGGACAAGCAAGAGCGCUCCUCGACUGGAAAGCCAGCCUUGACAACCAAAGCCAAAGAGCACUGCACUCUUGGGGCAACACGUCGACGCCCUGCAAUUGGCGUGGCAUCACCUGCGGUACCGGUAUGCACCGGCACCCGCUAGUGAUCAAAGGCAUCUUUCUGCAGGGGAUGCGGCUAAGAGGGGCUCUGGAGUCCCUCAACUUCUCUACCUUGAGGACCUUGACACGCCUCGACCUCUCACACAACCUCCUUGCUGGGAGCAUUCCUCGUAGUAUCGAGGUCCUUGGCGAGCUCCAUGCUCUCCUUCUGCAAGGCAACCAGAUAAGAGGCUCAAUCCCACUAGGUCUAGGAAAUCUCACAAAAUUGCAUUCCUUAAUGCUUCACGAAAAUGAACUUUCCGGUGAAAUACCAAGCCAAAUAGGCAACAUGAGUAGUCUUGUCACCCUCAACUUGUCAAGCAAUCACUUGGUUGGUCAUAUCCCUUGUGAAAUAGGACACAUGAAGCACUUAGUUGCAUUAGAUUUGUCCAGUAAUAAUCUUUUCGGUAAAAUACCAAGCAGCAUAGGUGGUUUGACCGAACUCACUAGCUUGUACCUUUACAGUAACAAACUUUCUGGACAAAUUCCACGAGAACUAGGUUAUCUUCUAAACUUAAAGGACCUGCAACUUGGCAUCAACACGCUCUCAGGUUCCAUUCCACGAAAUUUACAUAAUUUGACCAAGCUUACUGUGUUAAUACUAUGGGGAAACAAACUUUCUGGGUUAAUUCGACAAAAAAUAGAUUACCUUUCAAAUUUACAGUACCUGAGUCUUGGUGAAAACAUACUCUUGGGUUCCAUCCCAAAUAGCAUAGGAAAUUUGACCAAACUCACAACCUUGUCCCUUCGCAACAACCAACUUUCUGGGUUAAUUCCACAAAAAAUAGAUUACCUUUCAAAUUUAGAGUACCUGAGUCUUGGUGAAAACAUACUCUCGGGUUCCAUCCCAAAUAGCAUAGGAAAUUUGACCAAACUCACAACCUUGUCCCUUCGCAACAACCAACUUUCUGGGUUAAUUCCACAAGAAUUGGAGUACCUUGCAAACUUAGAGUACCUAGAUCUUAGUGAAAACAUACUCUGGGGCUCCAUCCCAAAUAGCAUAGUAAAUUUGACCAAACUCACAAUAUUGUACCUUUACAACAACAAACUUUCUGGACACAUCCCUCGAGAACUAGGUCGCCUCGUGAACUUAAAGGAUUUGGAGCUUAGCAUCAACACACUAACUGGUUCCAUCCCAAAUAGCAUAAGAAAUUUGACCAAACUCACAACCUUGUACCUUGACAACAACCAUAUUUCUGGCCACGUCCCUCGAGAACUAGGUCGCCUUGUGAACUUAGAGGUUUUGUAUCUUGGCCCUAACACGCUAACUGGUUCCAUCCCAAAUAGCAUAAAAAAUUUGACCAAACUCAUAGACUUGUACCUUUUCGGCAACCAACUUUCUGGACACAUCCCUCGAGAAUUAGAUUACCUUGAGAAGUUAGAGGAGUUGGAUCUUAGCAACUAACACACUAACGGGUUCCAUCCCAAGUAGCAUAGGAAAUUUGACCAAACUCACAAAUUUGUACCUUAAGAGUAACCAACUUUCUAGCCAAAUUCCACGAGAAGUAGGUUAUUUAGCCAACUUAGACUACUUGAGGCUUAGCUACAACACACUGACAGGCUCCGUCCCAAACAACCUAGGCAAUCUCACAAAAAUCACUGGCUUGUAUCUUGACAAUAAUCAACUUUCCGGCCACAUUCCUCGAGAAUUAGGUUAUUUGGCCAAUUUAGAGUGGUUGUCCCUUAGAAAUAAUUCACUAACAGGUGCCAUCCCAAAUAACCUUGGCAAUCUGACAAAACUUUAUAAAUUGGACUUUGGCCAGAACCAACUUUCUGGGCCAAUUCCAUGAGAAAUUUAAAGUAUUUAGAGCUUACCAACAACACAGUAACACAUUUCGUCACAAACAGCCUAGAGUGUCUUGUAGAAUUAUCUUUCUAGGAAAAAUUCACAAAAAUUAUCUUGUAGGAUUAUCUUUCUAGGACCAAACCCCUGCGCCAGCUCCUCCUCACGGCGAUCGACUCCACCUGCUCCUCUCCUGCACUCGUCCUCGCCGAAAAAAAAAAGAAAAGAAAAAAAGGCCCACACCCUCGCCGCUGGGUCACUCCACACCGGCUCGCUCAGCAGCGACUAGGCUGCCAUCGCCGCGACGUCCGCGCCGGCAGCCCUCGCCCUCACCGCCGUCUUCAACUGCUGGAACGCCCCCAAGCUAAAGCUAUCGCUGUUGUUUGCUCCCUGUACUUGUCCUAAACUGGAGUCCCUACAGAAAGCUACGGAGAGCAGUGAAUUAGCGAGGAGGAGAUGAGAUUGCCUAAAGUUCCCAGGGUAUGAAUUAAUUAAUGAACCAUUGCGCACGGUGUCGUUACUUACGUUGAGUAAUACGGAGUAGAUUUCAGAAGAAUCUUGAAUAAAUAGCCACUCAAUUUUGUAGUACAUUUUUUCCUGCCUGAAUGUUUAUCAUCCUUACUCUUGCUAGGGAACUGAACAGGUGACUUUGGCGGGAAUCAAAUGGCCACAAGGGGGCGUGCACUUUCAGUAAUAACAGAUGCAUUUGAGAUGCACGGUGCUGUUGAAAUUGAUA